AUGAAACUGUGGCUAAUUUUUCUGCUGUACACAAGGACAAUUUUUAGUAAAGUAAUAAUUACUGAUAAUUCGAUAUACUUUCAAAACAACAUUAUCAAUCGUGAGGAUUGGAUAAACUCUGCCAAAUACUACGCGAGUAAUCACAAACCAUACAAUGUUAAGAAGUAUGUGUCAUAUAGGCCAUCAAACAAGAAUAUAACUAGGACAAUUCCGAAAAUACCAGGAUUUUCGAGCACCACAGCAGUUCCUGACGUCGCAACUAAUCUUUUUGAGACUUCAACUACAUUCAAUGAUUUGGAUUACGAAAGAACUACAGGAUUUGAUCAAUCAUUCGAGACAACUAGCGAAAUGGCGUUCGAUUCAACGACAGAAACCUAUUCCAGCACCACUGAGUUACCAGAAACAUCUACCAUGUUGCUCUCAAUUAUUGGAAAUGUUCCUGGUAUUGAAACUACUACAAGUAUUCCAUAUAACGAAGCUCUCGAGGAAACUACCAGACGAGACGAUUUUGGGUAUACAACAAGCGAAAUCCCGUAUUUGGAUGUCUCUACCGAAACUGUAAUUUCAACAACAACUGACCCAGAAACAACAUCCGAAGAAACAAUAUCCACAACUACAGCUGCAACGGAUUUAGUAGACUCGACUACCCAACAAUAUUUGAGUUUAUUAAAAAACUCUAGUAUGGAUAAUGAUGUGACUUCAACGACAAUACCCGCAAUUGAAACCACAACUGAAUUAAGCGAUUCGAAAACUAUACUUUCUACAUCUACAACAGAAGCUUGGUCAGGAAAUGAUACUACCACACUUGAACCCGUUAUUUCUGAAAGUACAACGGAAAGAAUAGACUCGACUACCCAACAAAUUUUUAGUUUAUUUGAGAACUCCAUCACGGAUAAGUUUGUAAUAUCAACGACAAAACCCGGGCUGGACACUACAACUGAAAAGGGAGAAACAACAACCGAACUCCUCAGAUCUACCACAGAAAUUCCAUCAUCUACAACACAAAUAACACCCUCAGAAAAUGAUGAUACAACAACGGAAUCUGUGUCUCCCGAAAGUACAACGGAAAGACAACAAAAUUUUAAUGUGUUAGAAAACUCUGGAAUGGAUGAGUUAGUAACAAUAUCACCCAGACUGGAAACUACAACUGAAGAGAGAGAUUCGACAACUGAACUUGCUACAUCUACAACAGAAUCGCCGUCUGCAAAUGAUACUACAACUGAAAUUGGAUCUUUUGAGUCAAGCAUCAAUAUCAAUGCCUUUGAAAAUACUACAGAAGGCAAUGCAGAUACGGAGUUGACUACAACUGAGAAGAUUACCACAAUUACCGGAGGAAAUGCAAACUUUAAUGGUGAUAUAAUACAACCUAAACCCAGAAAGUUCACCUAUUCUUCUGAUGUAAUGCCAGAGCCAUAUUGGUAAUAGAACGCACUAAUUGUAAAUAAGAUCUCAUAAAUAAAAAAGUUUUUGGAGUUAUAAUGCUAGACAUAUGUUUAAUUUAUUGUGUUGACCGUUAUUUGCGAGCUCUGCCCAAAACAUAAGUGACGUCAUACAUAUUCAAUUGUGCAACCUCUGUAAUUGCUGCGAGGCGUUGCCAGAAGUACUCAGUUUGAUUGCUAUCGUUGCCAUACUUGAGUUGGAAAGAAGCAUUCGAUUCAACGUAACAGAAUUAAAAACUUAUAAGAAUGC